UGCUACAUAGGGUGAAGAACUGAGAAAGCUUUGGGGAAGUGUUUUGGAUCAGUAUAUUUUUUUCUCAUUAUCAAUUAAGGGGAAAUAAACAAAACACAAGCAGACUUAAAACUGGGUUGUCUCAUUUGCACCCUCAAGUCAGAAGCUGUGCUGAACAGCAAUAUCUAAUAACUGGAUUGGAAUUAACACCUUGGCACGGAAUUUCGAGUUCAUUCCCACAUUUUUCGUUGGGAUUUUUCGCCACCGGCACCACUUGUUGAGGAUUACGUUGUACUAUAAACGUUGUUCAUGAAGUCACACUGAGAAGCAUCGAGAUACACUCCAGUUCCAUUCAAGACGUCUGAAGACCGUACGGAUUUUUAAGUGGGACUUUUGAUAACGGAAAAUAACUUUCUCAAUGAUUUUCUGAGCUGGGUUAUACAUCAAUUGCCCUGGCUCGUGGACAUUUAACUAUUUAUUGAAUAUCCUCAGCAAAAUGGGACGUCAGUCGCUCGUGAUAGCUGUCAUCCUUUGUGUCUUGAUAUGCCAGGGUUUUUGUUCAGGGGUUUUCGAGUUGAAGGUACAAGAGUUUCUCAACAAGAAAGGAGUGACAGGCAAUACAAACUGCUGCAAAGGAGCCUCUGGGAUUCAGCAGUGUGAAUGCAAAACGUUUUUUAGAAUCUGCUUGAAGCAUUAUCAAGUUCACGUAUCACCGGAACCCCCUUGUACCUAUGGUGGUUCGGUGACUCCUGUCCUCGGAUCAAACUCCUUCCAAGUGCCGGAAACAAUUGCAGAAGCCUUCGCCAACCCUAUUCCGUUUUCUUUUGGAUUCACGUGGCCGGGGACAUUCUCUCUCAUCAUUGAGGCCCUACACACGGAUUCUUACGAUGAUCUUUCAACAGAUAACCCUGAACAACUGAUCAGUCGCUUCACCACUCAGAAGCAUCUGACAGUGGGAGAUGAGUGGUCCUCUGAUUUACAGACUAGUGGAAGAACAGAGCUGAAGUACUCCUACCGAUUUAUUUGUGAUGAGCAUUACUACGGGGAGGGUUGUUCUGUUUUCUGCCGUCCACGAGAUGAUGCCUUUGGUCACUUCACCUGUGGGGACCGUGGAGAGAUCAUUUGCAACUCAGGAUGGAAAAGAACCUACUGCUCAGAACCGAUCUGUCUUCCUGGUUGUGGCGAGGAGCAUGGGUUCUGUGACAAGCCUGGUGAAUGCAAGUGUAGAGUUGGCUUCAGUGGGCGUUACUGUGAUGACUGCAUCCGCUACCCAGGGUGUCUUCAUGGCACCUGCCAGCAGCCGUGGCAGUGUAGCUGCCUGGAGGGGUGGGGUGGCCUCUUCUGCAACCAAGAUCUCAACUACUGCACACACCACAAGCCCUGCAUGAAUGGAGCCACUUGUACGAAUACUGGCCAGGGUAGCUACACCUGCUCCUGUAGGCCCGGCUUCACUGGGGCCAGCUGUGAGAUUGAGGUCAACGAAUGUUCCGACAACCCCUGCCGAAAUCGGGGAAGCUGCACUGAUCAAGAAAACACAUACACAUGUGCCUGCCCCCCAGGCUUCUAUGGCAACAACUGUGAGCUCAGUGCCAUGACCUGUGCCGAUGGGCCUUGCUUUAACGGCGGACGCUGUGCUGACAACCCAGAGGGAGGAUACUACUGCCAGUGUCCUCUCAGCUAUGCCGGAUUCAACUGUGAGAAGAAGAUCGACCACUGCACCUCCAACCCAUGCUCCAAUGGUGCCCAGUGUAUGGACCUUGUGAACUCCUACACGUGCCAGUGCCCUGAGGGAUUCUCCGGAGCCAACUGCGAGGACAACAUUGACGAGUGCGCCAACUACCCCUGCCAGAACAGUGGCACAUGCUUGGAUGGCAUGAACGAUUACACCUGCACCUGCCCACCUGGAUACACUGGCAAGAACUGCAGCUCGCCAAUCAACCAAUGCGAGCACAAGCCCUGCCACAACGGAGCCACCUGCCAGGAGAGGAAUAACCGCUACGUGUGCGCUUGUGUGCCAGGCUACGGCGGCCAUAACUGCCAGUUCCUCCUGCCAGAGCACCCCCAGGGACAGCCCGGGGUGGAGGGAGCUGGUAAGAGAUACUCUGCUGAAGAGGACCAAGGCACAUUCCUCUGGACCGCAGUGUGUGCUGGGAUUAUCCUGGUGCUGCUGCUGCUGCUGGCCUGUGCCGUGCUGGUGGUUUACAUCCGGGUCAAGGUGCAGCAGAGGAGCCAGCAGGGUGACCACCACAGUGAGAGUGAGACCAUGAACAACCUGGCCAACAACUGUCAACGGCCUGACAAGGACCUAGCUGUCAGCGUGAUCGGCACGACAGGGGUCAAGAACACCAAUAAGAAAGUGGACUUUCACUCGGACAAUGCUGGAGGAGAGAAGAAUGGCUACAAGUCCCGAUACUCGUCAACGGAUUAUAAUCUGGUGCAUGAGCUAAAGCCAGAAGAUUUGUUGAAAGAGGACCAAGAAAAGAGCGAAGCAAAGUGUUCCGAAUCAAAUUGUUCGGAAUCUCUUUGUUCCGACAUUGACUUUGAAGAGAAACACAGAAAACAUUUAAAGAGUGACACCUCAGAAAAGAAACGUCCAGAGGAGUCGAUGUGCAACGAAGCAUCGAUUUGCAACGACACAAAGUACCAGUCAGUCUACGUCAUAUCAGACGAGAAAGAUGAAUGUAUCAUUGCAACUGAGGUGUAACACCACAGCUGAGCUGUAGCACGUCUUCUGUGCUGGAGGUUUUACUCCAGUGAAUGCUGCUCAAACCCAGGGGGAAGGUUUCCCUUCGUGUGACUGCUGCUGUGAGACUAAGACAUUGACAGUGAUAUUCAGAAUGAGCUGGUUCUCAACUGAAGUAAGCACAGUGGCUGCAGAUAAAGGAUGUUGGACCACACUGGCCCGCGCUCUCACAACUUAUGUUUCCCAGGAACGUGCGUAAUAUGGAUUUGUUGCACUGCCUGUGAGGACAGUUUUACCUCAUUGCACUAUGGAGGGUUGCUUUUUAAUAUGUAUUUAAGCAUACACAUUUUAGUUAAUUACUGUGUAUAAUGAGUAUGCACUGACUGCAGUGUAUAUUUGUAAAUCCUUUGAGGCAGUCUUCUGAAUUGGUUUAGAGAGGGGAAAUACUGCCUUUAAAUUUGUAAAAAUACUGGGGGGUUUUUUCAAAGAUGUAUUCUUUUAAUUUAAUUGUGUUAUGUGUUCCAUUUGUUUGUGAUUUUUGUAGAUUUCAUUUUGAUAUAAUUUAAGUUAAAACAAAUAUUUUGCAAAUAUGUCUAAUGUAUAUAAGGCAGUUCAGGUCAAUGUGACUUUGUUUUCCAGUAUAAAUGUAUUUAAGAAGCAUUGUACAGAACCUAUUGGGAUUGUUUUUAUCACUGUUGCCCAUAAAGAAAAUCAACUAAAUAUUUUUCCUAAAUAAAUAAUGUAUGAAGUAA